UCAUUCAAGGUUAAGCCUUCCCACUAAAGUUCACAGGAAGUAGAGGAGAAUCCAUUUUGAGCACACACAGACUGCUCACAAGCAGAGGGACAGACCUCCUUAGGAUUUUUCACUUUUACACAGGCCCCUGGUUACAUAACCGUCUUUUUACAAAAUAAGAACUCAUAUAAGGAUAAAGCAUUCAAGUUUAUUCAACUCACAGAGCAUUCUGAGUAUUCUUUGCUGAGUUAUGUGGAGUGUGUUAAGCUGGCUGGUUAAAGUAUAUUACGCAAAGGCACAGUAUAGUGUGGAAACAGUACAGUAAAAAGACAGUUGCAGCAGAUCUGCAUACAGAAGUGACUGCGUUCUAAACAUGAGUCUGAAAUCAGGGAAGAAGUAUAUGCCUGAGGAUGGACCCCCCAUGAGACAGCAUGGCAGGGAGAAAGCUAGCGCCCAGCAAGAUGAGUUAUCAUCACAUGCGUCAAAAUCAUCUAGGUCUAGCAAGAUGUCUUCAGCAAGUUCCCUAGCACUCAAAGCACAAGCCAAGGCAGAGGCCACACGUGUACAGCUAGCCUUUUCAGAAAAAGAAGCUGCGGCCUACCUAGAAACAUAUUCAUCAGAGAGUGAGGGUACCCAUGAAGGUCCAGAAGUGCCAGAAAAACCUCUUUCCUCUGCAGAAAUGCAAGCGAGUAUGUUCAGUGGUUUACUAGUAUGCCAACUACUGAACGAUAAAACUGCGCCAGUGGAAGUAUACAGGCCUAAGCCAGCAGAAGCAAACGCACCUAAGCCGGCAGCAGUUACAAGUACACCAAAGCAGCGCUACAGCGCCAGUGACAUCAAACCAGCUAGAGAAUAUCCAGCAGAAUACCCUAGAGACAGAAUUCAGAGGUUCCCAUUGCCUCAGCCUAAAGAUUGUGCGCCUGAGCAACAAUGCAUAGAAUAUAUCACUAAAUACCUGCUACGCAAAGAAGCAGUUAACUCAAGUUUCAUCAAGUUUGAUGACUCCCCUGAAAAUUACUGGGCUUGGAAGUCCUCCUUCCUGAAUGCAACCAGAGAUUUGAACCUUUCAGCCUCAGAGAUGCUUGACCUGAUGAUAAAAUGGCUAGGUAGUGAGUCGGCCGAACAUGCAAAAAGUAUGCGUAGGGUGCAUUUGUUUAACCCUUCAACAGGACUUGAUAUGGCUUGGCAGAGACUAGAGAAAAAAUAUGGCUCACCUGAAGUAAUUCAGUGAACAUUACAAAAAAAGUUAGUGGCCUUCCCCAAGCUGACCAACAAAGAUACCAAAAAACUAGAACAAUUGGGAGAUCUUCUUCUGGAGAUAGAGUGUGCUAAAGAAGAAGGAUAUCUGAGAGGUCUGACAUACUUGGACAAUGCUAUUGGUCUUAAUCCCAUAGUGGAGAAACUACCAUACCACAUGCAAUUAAAGUGGGCCUCUGUUGGAACUAAGUAUAAAACAGAAGGAGAUUUUCCCCCUUUCUUUGUCUUUUCCAGGUUUGUGCAGCAGCAAGCACAGAUGAAGAACGUCCCCAGCUUUGCCUUUUACAGCAACAUCGAUCAACCGCCUAAACCUGAAAGGCCUUCCAGAUACCACGGUAAGACCUCUGUUUCCACACACAAAACAUUCGCCCCUACGGGAACCUCACACUCUCAAACCUGCAGCAAGGAGGGCAGUAUAGAGAGCCCUGAUAGACAAUGUCCAAUUCACCGAAAGCCCCAUCCUUUUAAAAAGUGCAAAGGAUUCAGAGGCAAACCUAUUGGUGAAAGAAUGUAUUUUCUCAGACAGAACGGCAUCUGCUUCAAGUGCUGUGAAUCCACCAAACACAUAGCCAGAGACUGUAAAAUAUCAGUGAAGUGCUCAGAAUGUGGCAGUGAGAAACACAUUGCAGCCUUACACCCUGACUCACCUGCGCCACCAGCAGAGACUGUACAAGCAGAGACAGAUCACGGCAGGGAGCUUAGUGACAGCUCAUCUCCUCCAGUGAUGAAGUGCACUGAAAUCUGUGGCACAGGUAAAAGCUUUCGAUCAUGCUCUAAAAUAUUUAGUGACUGUGUUUCCCUCUGGACAAAGAGAUCGAGUAGUGAAAAUAUACACGGUUCUCGAUGAGCAAAGCAACCGAUGUCUUGAUGACUUUUUCAACAUCUUCAACAUUAAAACUACUGUAGCUCCAUACACUUUAAAGACUUGUGCAGGCGUUACAGAAACUGCAGGCAGAAGAGCCACAAACUUUAUUGUUGAAUCCUUUGACAGAAAAACACAGCUCCCUUUACACACCAGACUAAUAGUGGCAGUACUUUAAGAACGUCUGUGUUACCGAAUGGGUGUACCACCUCAUUGAACCCAUUUCAAAACAGGCUCAUAGUCAAAGAAAGUUUUGAUAACCUAACACAUUUCAGUGACUCUUCAUUGUGCAGCCAAGAAGACAUCAGCUUCAAUCCAGAGACUGAUAAGCUAAACAGUGUUUCAAAAAUCAAAAGAUGAUGACAAGCAAGCUCUAUCCAUAGAAGAUCAAGUGUUUCUUCAGAUCAUGGACAAAGACAACCAUCAAGAUGACAGCCACAGCUGGGUCGCUCCAUUGCCUUUUCGUACACCCAGAUGUAAAUUGCCUUCCAACAGAGAGCAAGCCAUGAUACGUCUAGCCUCACUUCGCAGAACUCUGCAUGGUAAGCCAGGAAUGAAAAGAGACUUCACAGAAUUCAUUAAAAAGAUGCUGGACAAUGACCACGCUGAGAUUGCAAGACCACUGGAAUAAGGUAAAGAACACUGGUAUCUGCCGAUGUUUGGUGUUUACCAUCCACACAAACCUGAUCAAAUAAGAGUUGUAUUUGACUCCAGUGCAGAGUGUGGAGGUGUCUCUUUAAAUAAUGUACUGUUAAGUGGCCCUGACCUAAACAACACAUUGUUAGGGGUUCUCAUAUGCUUUAGGAAAGAACCUAUUGUCUUUACAGCAGAUGUGCAACAGAUGUUUUACUGUUUCUUGGUGAGAGAAGACCACCGAGAUUAUUUACGUUUUCUGUGGUACAAGGACCAUGAUAUAGACAAAGAAGUAGUUGAAUACAGAAUGAGGGUCAAGGGCUUUGGAAACAGUCCCUCUCCUGCUGUUGCUAUACACUGCAUGCGUAAAGCAGCUCUGACAAGUGCAGAACAAUUUGGACAAGAUGCCAAACACUUUGUGUUGAGACACUUCUAUGUAGACGAUGGACUUGCAUCUGCUAGCACCCCUGAGAUAGCGAUUGACAUUCUAAACAAGACAAAACAGAUGCUGGCAGAGUCUAAUCUGAGACUUCAUAAAAUCUCAUCAAAUAGCACAGAGGUCAUGAACGCCUUUCCUGCUGAUGACAAUGCUAAAGACCUCAAGGACCUUUGCCUGGGUACAGACACCCUGCCCCUUCAGAAAAGUUUGGGACUGAGCUGGGACCUAGAAAGAGACACUUUUGUUUUUCAGGUAUCUUCAGAAGAAAAACCUUUCACUAGAAGAGGAAUCCUGUCUACAGUGAACAGCCUUUACGAUCCUCUUGGGUUUGUAGCACCUGUAACUAUAAAAGGUAAAGUAUUAGUUCGUGAACUGUCAUCUAAGAAAUGUGGUUGGGACACAUUACUCCCACAAGAAAAAUGACAUGAGUGGCUUCAAUGGAAGGAAUCCUUGCAAGCUUUGGAACACUUAGAGAUACCCAGGUGUUAUGUGUCUAUUCCCCUGUGAGCAGCAAGUAGAAAAGAACUGUAUGUAUUUUCAGAUGCAUCCAACACAGCGAUAGGUGCUGUAGCCUACUUGAAAACAAUUGAGGUUUGCAAUGAGUGUUCAGUUGGAUUUGUUAUGGGGAAGUCUAAGUUAAGCCCCAAACCAGCCCUAGAGUUGUAUGAGCUCAUCAGAGAUGAAAUAGAUAUGGAUUUAGAUGUUGUGCUAUUCUUUACAGAUAGCAAAACUGUAUUAGGUUAUAUCUGCAACACCUCCAGAAGGUUUUUCCUGUAUGUUGCCAACGGAGUGAAUAGAAUCAGGCAAGUAACCCACCCUGACCAGUGGGUUUAUGUGCCCACAGAACAAAAUCCUGUAGACUAUGCCUCAAGGCCCACACAAACUGUUCAUCUGCAGAAUUCUAUAUGGUUCUCAGGCCCUUCCUUCCUCUACCACACAGACAGAGAGGAGUUAGGCAAUACAGCAGAAAAUCACCCACUUAUAGAGCCUGAAGCUGAUCCUGAAAUUAAACCUACAGUUGCAAGCUUCAACACCAAAGCUUCUGACACCUUCCUCCAUUCACAUGUCUUUGAAAGAUUUUCUAACUGGGUGUCACUGUGUAAGACUAUUGCCAGACUUAUCCAUGUAGCUAAGAGUUUCCAGAAAGAGCCAAGCAAAGUACAAUGUAGAGGUUGGAAAUGUUUCCCAGAGAAAGUCAACUCAGAGGAGAUCUCACAGUCAAAAGCUACAAUAAUCUCUUCUGUUCAGCACCAAUAUUUUAAAAAAGAGUAUACCUGUGUAAGUGAGCAUAAAGCACUUCCGAAGCAAAGUCGGCUUAAUAAACUUAGUCCUGUCAUAGAUAGAGAUGGACUGAUGAGAGUGGGCGGCCGAUUGUCCUUUGCUGCACUGACUGAGCACGAGAAGCAGCCUGUCAUUAUACCUCAUGAUCAUCACAUUGCCAAAUUGAUUGUGAAACAUUAUCACAAUAAAGUGGCACACCAAGGGCGUCACAUAACAGAAGGUGCAAUCAGAGCGGAAGGUUUCUGGAUCCUUGGUGGCAAGCGCCUUAUAUCUGCAGUGAUCUACAAGUGUGUCAUCUGCCGCAAAUUGAGAGGGAGAUUAGAAAGUCAAAAGAUGGCAGACUUGCCUGAAGACAGAGUGACUCCUGAACCACCAUUUACUAGUGUAGGCAUUGAUGUUUUUGGUCCAUGGUCAGUGGUGACCCGCCGCACAAGAGGAGGUAGUGCUGACAACAAACGCUGGGCUGUUCUCUUUACAUGUCUGUCAACAAGAGCUGUACACAUUGAACUGAUCGAAACUAUGUCAGCUUCCAGCUUCAUCAAUUCCUUAAGAAGAUUCUUCUCAAUUUGUGGCCCAGCAAAGUUACUCCGCUCUGACAGGGGAACAAACUUUGUAGGAGCUUGUAAAGAAUUAGACAUUUGCAUAGCUGAUUCAGGAGUACAAGACUAUCUCCAAAACAGAGGAUGCACAUGGCUUUUCAACCCCCCCACAUUCCUCUCACAUGGGAGGUGCCUGGGAAAGACUGAUAGGUGUAGCCAGGCGUAUUUUGGAUGCGAUGUUACUCCAAGAUAAGUGUACGCGUCUGACCCAUGAGACUUUGAGUAUCUUUAUGGCAGAAGUUAUGGCCAUUAUGAAUGCUAGACCUCUGGUACCAGUCUCUUCUGACCCCGAUAACCCUAUGGUUCUUACUCCAGCAAUGCUCCUGACUCAGAAAGUGAACUUUUUGUCAGCCCCUUCUGGUAAUUUUGAAACAACAGGACUUCGUGUAAAACAAUGUAAGCAAGUUCAAAAUCUGGCUGACACUUUCUGGAAAAGAUGGAAAAAAGAGUACUUGUCCAACUUACAAAGCCACAGAAAGUGGACCCAAAAUCGCCCAGACAUCCAAGUGGGUGAUGUUGUAUUAGUGAAAGACAGUCAUGAAAGCAGGAAUGAAUGGCCUGUGGGACUUAUCAUCAACACUCUGCCAAGUAGAGAUCGUCAGGAAAGUAGAAGUAAAGAUUGUCAAACAAGGGACUGCCAAAACGUAUAUGAGGCCAGUUUCAGACAUUGUUAUUCUUGUUUCUUAUAAUACUUGAAUUGUAUUCUGCAUAGCAGUAAGUUAUAUAGUGACAUAUUGAAAUAUGCCAGGCAGGGAGUGUGCAGUUUAUACAUUAUCUGAUGGCAUUGUAAUGUUAGGUUGUAUGCAUUAGUAUUAGUUUAGCUGUUAUGUGUUGCCACCUAGUGGACCCUUUUAGGAUAGCUGCCCACAUGUUAAUUAGACUUAUCAUUCAAGGUUAAGCCUUCCCACUAAAGUUCACAGGAAGUAGAGGAGAAUCCAUUUUGAGCACACACAGACUGCUCACAAGCAGAG